UUAAGUAAACAACUAAGCUCUCUUCUGUGGAUUAAGUCAUUGAUAAGCUUAGCAAAGAUGUUCAAAUUGAUUGCUGUCUUCCUUUUCUACGUGGCUGUGGCUUCAGCGAAACCCGUUUUUGUUGCAGCUCCAGCAGCCUACACAGCUCCACUUGCCUACAGUGCACCCUUAGUGGCUGGUCCAGGAGUCGUUACCGCAACAAGUAGUCAAGUCGUAGCCCGUAAUUACAAUGGCGUUGCUGCUCCAAUUGUUGCGGCAUCAGCUCCAUUAGUAGCAGCUCCAGCAGCUUAUCCCUACGCAGCCUAUUCCGCAUUUGCCCCUACCUAUCCCUACUCCGCAGCUCUGCGUUACCCCUACUCACCCUAUGUCUUCUAAACAACAUAUCAACAGUUCGUUUGAACCAUCUUUAGCACAAUUGUUCAAUGACUUUCCAACGAAUAUGUCUAUUCCAUAAAUUAUGUUGCAAUAAAAUGGAAACAUUUUA